AUGCGCUUUUUAUUUUCAUUGGUAGUCUUUAGCUUUGUAUCAAGCUUCAGACAUGUCUUUAGUUCACUCCCCCCACCAUAUACUACAAACACUUAUAAUGUCGAAAUUGAUGGUAAUACUAUCAUUACUGUAUUUGUGCCACAAUCAAAAUUUUUUAAUGUCCCAGGAUUGGAUGGUCUUAAUUGCCCUCAGUAUAAUAUAGAUCAACGUGGAUCUUGGUGUUCAGGUCUUAAUACAGCAUAUACAGUUAAUAAAAGUAGUUGGCAACUUUGUUCUAAUCAAUGCUAUUAUAGCCGCUAUACUAUAUUGGGUCUUUGUCAACAAUUUACUUAUGAUUCAAAUACUAAUCAAUGCCUUAUAAAAGAUGGAGAUACAUCUUGUGCAGAAAGUAGUCAGGGCUAUAUUACAGCACAUAACCCUGCAAUAAUAGUGGGGGAAUGUAGUACAACUUGCAAAGUUUCUGAGUGGUCUGAGUGGUCUCCUUGUUCUAUAAAUUGUGUAGGAAAUAGGGUGAGGAGUCGCUAUGUAACUUCACAUCCAAUAUUUGAUUCUGAUUAUUGCCCACAUCUUACAGAAUUUGCCAACUGUAAUACUAAUCAAGAAUGCCCCCCAACUUGCCCCCAAUAUGGAAUUGCAAUUUUGGGAUGGGGCUGCCAAAUGGAAUCAGAAUUUUCUUUUUCACCAAAUGUCUUGCGGAGCAUGCAACAGAAUUGGUUCUCAUGUCUUAGACAAUGUCAAGGAGAUCCUUUAUGUGUUGCUUGGGCAUUUAAUUCUACUUCUCCAAUUCCAAAUAUAGAUACUAUUGAUUUUGGAAUUUGUUAUGUUCAUCGUUAUGCUUUUGGGUGUCAAAUUCCAUCACCUGGUUGGAUUUCCGGCUAUCCAAAUACGGUAGGUAGUGAGUGUCCAAGUAGUCAUUGUAAAUACAAUGAUUGGUCACAUUGGAGUACUUGUUCCAAUCGUUGUAGUAAUUCUGAACAUCAAACACGAUCUAGAAGUAUUCAAAGUUCUAAUAUUUAUUUAAAUUCUUUAAAAUGUGAAGAUCAGACGCAAUAUAGAGUAUGCUCAGAAGAUCCAAGUAAUAUAAACUACUGUACUGAAUGUUUGACAUCUAGUUGGUCAGAUUGGUCACCUUGCUCAUCUUCUUGUGGAGGUGGGUCCAGAAUACGUACAAGAAAAGUUAUAAAACUUCCUGCAAAUAGUAACAUGAGUACUUGUCCCACUUUAAAAAGUGUUGAAGUUUGUAAUGAAGAAAUUCCCUGUACUAUUAAGACAGAAUGUAAAGUUGGAGAAUGGUCUAGCUGGUCUCCUUGCUCUACAUCCUGCAAUGGUGGACAUUCAACUAGGCAUAGAAAUGUAACUGGGAAUCAUUGUCCUGAGGAUACACAAACUAUCACAUGUAAUGAAAAUGAUUGUUCUGGUCAACCAAGUAUUAAAGCUUUAUGUAAUGGUAUUAUGACUACAUGGUCAUCUUGGAGCUCUUGUAGUGAGAUAUGUGGUCCUGGUGAAUCCUACAGGACUAGGACCUUUGAUAAAUCAAAAAUUGGUAUUUGGAAUUACAAGCCUCCAGGGACCCCUAGUGAAUGGAAAAAAAUCACGAUAUUAUGUAAUGGUACUGAAAUGUUACAAUCACAAAACUGCACAACAGGACAACCUUGUUCAGAUAAUUGUGAGAUCGGAGCCUGGAGUAAAUGGACUAUAUGUAAUUGUACAGGAAUCCAGUCCAGAGAAAGAUCUGUAAAUAUUACAAAUAACCAUUCACAUAUUUGUCCUAAUAAAGUAGAAAUCCGAAAUUGUACUGAACCAAUUGAUUGCUAUAAUAAAACAAAGGAAUAUUCAAAAUCUCCCCCAUCUCCAGGUAAAUUGAAUUUGGCAGCAGCUAUUGGAACUCCUCUAGCUGUACUAGGUGUUGGUAUUGCUUCUCUUAUUACAUGGUUAGCUACUAGAAAUGCAAAUUCUGCUGAUGAUUCUGAUGAGGGCUAUCAAUACCUUGAUCAUAAUCCUAGUUCAGAGCAAUCAGAAGAAUUUGUACAGGAACUUGGCCCAGAGAGUAGUGCCUGGGCAGAAUAG